CCCUACAGUCUCUACCAAAGACACGGGAUGGAAAUCCGCUGCUGGGAGCUGCUUUGGAUUAACGAUCGAUGUUUGUUCGUGAUGAACGUCUGACUUUUGAAAUCAUUUUUUCUCCGGUCUUCUGCUGCCUCGCCAACCUCUGAAAUGCACGCUAAAUGGAGACUUGUGAGAAGAGUUGCUGCAGGGUGCCGCAUUGCCUGGCUGCUUCAUACUAGGAUAGUGUAGCCUGAUGGAGGAUUUGAAGGCUGAUAGUCAUUUUUAGAUCUUUUCUUUUCUUGUUUUUGAGGGGGGGCGUUGGGGAAGGAUGAUCGAACCGCUCGUGUUGUGUUAAGGGGACAAAAAGCGUUCGCCAGAUUCAGAUGCUUCUCAGUCGGAUCCCUCCCGUGCAGAGCAGGCAGGACUUUAAAGCGCUGGAAAGGCGAUUUUAGCAUCGAUGGAAACGACCAGAUGAAUGUAGGCGAGGAAAACAGCCCAGACAUCCACAUUACAGGUGAACACGAGCCGGAAGGGUGAGUAAGACUGGUCCAGCUCGGAGAUAAAGCACGGUGGGCGCCAGUUUUACUCAGGACGGCCUCUGAAGUCUGCUUUCAUUUGGACUGAACCCAGGAGAGCACCAUAUUACAGCCUCAGAAAGUGGUGCAUUGGUGAGCAUCAUCAGCCUGUCUUCUCUGCUGUAGAUCCACCUCUCUCUCUCCCUCUCUCUCCCUCUCUCUCUGUCAAAUACGCGUAAGGUGGCGAGGACACAAUGACUCAUUUGCAGGCAGGCCUGUCUCCAGAAACCCUGGAGAAAGCCAAGGUGGAGCUAAAGGAGAACCCGGACACUUUACAUCAGGACAUCCAGGAGGUGAGGGACAUGAUCAUCACUCGUCCGGACAUUGGCUUUCUCAGGACAGACGAUGCCUUCAUCCUGCGCUUCCUCAGGGCCAGGAAGUUCAACCAUUUCGAGGCGUUUCGCCUCCUGGCCCAGUACUUCGAGUACAGGCAGCAGAACCUGGACAUGUUCAAGAACCUGAAGGCCACAGAUCCAGGCAUCAAGCAGGCUCUGAAGGACGGCUUCCCCGGGGUGCUGUCCAACCUGGACAGACACGGCAGGAAAAUACUCGUCCUCUUCGCUGCCAACUGGGACCAAAGCAGGUACACAUUUGUGGAUAUACUGCGAGCUAUUCUGUUGUCACUGGAGGCGAUGAUCGAAGACCCCGAGCUACAGGUUAAUGGAUUUGUGCUGAUCAUCGACUGGAGUAACUUCACUUUUAAGCAAGCUUCCAAACUGACUCCAAGUAUGCUGAGAUUGGCCAUCGAGGGCUUACAGGACAGCUUUCCAGCCAGAUUCGGAGGGAUCCAUUUUGUGAACCAGCCAUGGUACAUCCACGCUCUGUACACGGUCAUCAGGCCCUUCCUGAAGGACAAAACAAGGAAAAGGAUCUUCAUGCAUGGGAAUAAUCUGAAUAGUCUACACCAGCUGAUCGUGCCAGAGAUCCUGCCCUCAGAACUGGGCGGCAUGCUGCCCCCCUACGACAUGGGGACGUGGGCCAGGACGCUGCUGGACCACGCCUACGAUGAGGAAACUGACUACUGCCCUGAGUCCUACACGCUCUCAGUGAAGGACCUGGAGAAAGACCUGUCCCCAAAAACCAUGAAAAGGUCCCAGUCGGUGGUGGAGCCUGGAGUGCUUAAACGGCCAGAAAAAGUGAAAAAUGAAGAGGAGAACAUGCAGCCGCUGCUUUCACUGGACUAAAGGCUUUGAAUUCCCCUGGCUACGAGCAAACUUCAAGCGCUGAGCAUCGGGGAGAAGUGCACCCAGUUCCACAAGCAGAGAAAAAAAAUUGUACAAAGGAAAAAAAAAUGAUGUUGAAAGGAAGAAAGAGACGGAAGAUGAGGAGAGCCUGUGGAAACACUGGGGAGAGACAACGUUUAAAGUGAUAUUUUUGAAGCAAAGAGCUAAUGGAAGACGUCCAUAUGUAACUGUUAAGUGCCAAUUUCAAAUCUGUAAAUACACUUCGGAUUAGGAUUUUGGGAGAGUAAUCGUGACAUGAACACGUGUAAAAGACUGCUGUGAAUAUUUCUGUAUGUGCUUUCUCGUGAUAAGUUUGUGGAGAGUGGUGUUGUAGGAGACUGGGGGGGUGGGGCUUUUGGUAUUUCAAAUGUCCAAAUCACCAAGUGCAGCUCAGGAUUUAUGAUUAACGAUUAGUAUGUUAAAAAAAAAAACAAAAACAACAAAAAAAGAAAAGCAUAUGGCUAUUAACUGUGUCGUAUAAGCAUAUGCUGCUUUCAUUAGGGUAAAUACCGAACGUUCGCUGUUCAGGUUGUAGUCUUUCAAAGCAAAUACCCCUUUACACCGCAGCAAGGCAUAAUGAAUUAUAGUUUUUCGUACAAAUAUCGUUUAAUUUCUGCACAGGCUACACUGUGCCAACAGUAUACACUGAGUAUGUCCUGAAAAGGCCAGAAUAUUAUUUGUUUAGUGUUUCAGAGGUGUUCCUGUUUGUGUUUAAUGAAAGCCCCCCACUUCUAUUCUCCAGUCACCUACAUGUUGGCUAGAUAUUAGGGUUGGGCUGUAUAACGGUCAUAAGGUACACCACUGUAUUUAAAAAUGAUGACAGUAUUUUAAAAUUCUGAUGUGUCACAUUUGUAUUCCACAUCUAAAUGGCCAAACAAUCACAUUCCACCUAUUUGUCCUUUAGAAGAGCCAUUGAUUGGUGGUGUGGGAGCUCACUAAUAGGGGAAGGUCAGAGCCAAGAAAAACCUCCAAAAAACCAAGCACGACAGUGGCUCAGCGAUGGCUAAGAGCUACACGCACUACAGAAUGUUCGAUUUUGGCUUUUGCACUAAUGCCAGUGACUCAACUUGCCUAUGCUGGCAUGUUAGGUCCACUGACUAAGCUAUCAUUAGCUUAACCAAAACUCUGCAGUCCCAGACACCACAAAACAGGUUCGAUUUCAGCUUUCGGCCACUCCAGUCACUCAACUUUUGCUCUCUCACACAUUCAUUUUUGUCACUUGCACUGUGUGUGGGUCUGUAGCCUGCUCGCUAAGCUAACAUUAAGUUAGCUGAUCAGGCGUCAGCUACAAACACCAUGGAACAGGUUUAAUUCACCUUUCUGUGUCUUGAGUGCCAGUUGUUCAACUUCACACCCUCAAAUUAGCAUCUAAAUUUGUCUGUGCUUUAGUCAGCCAGAAUCGGUCAUGCUCUGUGGUAAGCAGAGCUGUUAUCAUGCUAGCUAAGCUAAAGCUAACCAGCUCCUCUCGUACUUAGCAGCACUGUUUUAACAUUUAGCAAUUGUUAAAUUGAUGAUUUCACAUUUAUUGAAUGACAGCUUAAAAACUGCGUGCUGUGUUCACUUAUUUAGUAAACAAACCAAACCUUUUGAUUAUUUUAGAUGUGGAAGUAGAGCAGGACUUACAUUUCUUACGUCAUAUUUCAAGGCGCUUUGAAGGUAUGAAACAAGUGGAUACUGCCCAACUCUAGAUACAAUGCCUCUUAUUCCAGUCUACAUUGAAAAUGCUGUUUGUCCUCCUGCAUUACAUACAGAAAUAACUGUAAUGAUAUGCUGUCACCAUAGUGGAAAAACAGCAUUUGCAGAUUUUCCAAAAAGCAAUCGAAGCAUUUCACAGCCUGCAGCAUAUUAUUCUGUAUUAAUAUGAUACUUUAUUUUUACCAUAGACUUGUUCGUGUUCAAAAUCAUGCCACAAUUAGACUAUUUUUAUGUGGAUUAUGUGGAUUGCAUUAUGUGUGUAAACUGACUUCCCUGACUACACAAAUCGUUUGUUUACCAGGUCAGUCAGCUGUGGGCCUUUGUAAGGAAAACAAGGCAUAAAGCUUGACGGGUUGGAGUUUAUUAUGCUCACCUUACAAUGACUGUGAUGAAGUCUUGUUUGUGUUGAUAAGGCCUGCUAUUUUUCAAUGAGAAAACUGCCUAUGAGGAAGCCAUUAAUAGAUUGUGGGUGUUGCUGCAACAGAAUCAACCAAUACAUAUUGGCUUUUAAUUAUGCUGGGUUAUUUAAACUUCCCCUUUGUUUGCAUUAUUCGAUCUAACUGCAACAGGUUCUUUGCAGGUGUUGAACAAAAGAAAUCAGAAUGUCUCAUACUCAAGGCUUUCAUGCAAGAAGAAGAAGGUAGGCCUAUCUGCACUAUUUUUUAUGUUUAGUUUUAAAGUGUGUUCAGCACAAUCCCUAAUGUGCACUGUGAAUUGAAUGUUGGUACAAAUUACAACACUUAAUAAUUUUAGAUAAAUUCAUAGAUCAGCUUGUUGAGCAGGUUUGGAUGUUUAGCAGAUGGUUUGGCCUAACUGUCUAGCCUGUACUAGAAAUGUCCACAGCAGUUUCUGGGUUAGGACCUUGAUCUUCUGUGGUUGAGCAAUUCCAAUCGUUGUGAAUAGUGUCUGGUUUUGUGUUCUGGCUUGGUUCUGUUGCAUUGGAUUUGAAUGGAGCAGUCUUACCCUCUGCCCUUCUCAAGAUACUGAGUGCUUUUACUAAUGCUUUUAACUAUAGGCUUCAUAAGUCGUGAUAUGAUGAAGAGUCAAAGCCACCACUGAAAUAAGUGACACAUUGACUGCACUUAAAUAAAAAUGAUGAAUAAAAUAUAUUACAUGGGCAACACAUCAACA